AUGGGCUGCAUCGCAGCAAUAAUCUUCACCGUCCUGGGCUCCUCCUACGGCACCGCAAAAUCCUCCUCGGCAAUCUUCUCCGCCGGCGUCCUCCGCCCCGACCGCCUCAUGCAAAACACCCUCUGCGCCAUCAUGGCCCAGAUCCUCUCCAUCUACGGCCUCGUCGCCGCCGUCAUCAUCGCAAACCGCCUCGUCGAGAAGCAGGCCCUCCACACCAGUUUUCUCCAGCUCGCGGCCGGCAUCAGCGUCGGGCUGUGCGGCCUCGCGGCCGGGUUCGCCAUUGGGAUUGUUGGUGACGCGGGAGUCAGAGCCACGAACCAGCAACCCCGUCUAUACACCGGCAUGGUCCUGAUCCUCAUCUUCGCCGAGGUUCUUGGCCUCUACGGCCUCAUCGUCUCCAUCCUCCUGCUUUCAACCUCACAAACAAACGUCACCGAUUGCUCAAUCUCUUGA